AUGCCCAAGUCGAUGCAGUCGUACCACAGCGUCGACGACUACGACGCCGACGAUGACUACGCCGCCGAACAGCGCGAGCGCGACGACACCUUCAGCAGCACCACGCCCACGUCGCCCACGCUCACCUUCAGCGCCCAGCGCCCGAUGCGUGCCUCGGACACGGACCUCACGAGGUCGACGGGCAGCGUCAACGAGCGGACCGCCCUGCUAGGAGUGCCCCAUCUGCGGGGGGCCAGGUCCUACAAGAGCCUGCCCGCCACCUCCCCGGGCACCCCUCGCCCGGGCAUGACGCGCAACAACAGCCAGCUGCCCACCAGCUCGCGCAUGCGGAGCCGCCGGGGCUCCCUCACCGGCGGCCACACCUUCAGCCAGCGCCUCGUCAAUGCCCUGGGCGAGCGGGGGGCGGGCCUCGAGCAGAGCAUGCACUCCGCAAAGGCGUCUUUCUUCCAGGACAACCGCGUGUGGUACGAUCAGUUCACGUCGACCGACUGGGUCCACGACAACAUCGCCGACGCCUACCGCGUCAAGGCCCUGCGGAGCCGGAAGGACAUCAGGGGCCGCCUCGCCGCUUGGUUCGACGGUGCGCAGGGCUGGAUUCUGGUAGCUCUCAUCGGCGUACUCACUGCCGUGUGCGCCUACUUCGUCAACACCACCGAGACCACGCUGUUCGAUCUGAAGCAGGGCUACUGCACUACCGGCUGGAACAAGAGCCGCAAGGCGUGCUGCCAAGGUGCCUCUAUAUGCGACAACUGGCUCAAGUGGUCCGAGGCGGUCCGCAAUGACAGGCUGGACGUCGUCCAGACCCAAUAUGGCUUUUUCGUCCUCUCCGUCAUCUUGCUCUCCAUGGCCUCGUGUCUGCUCACGCUCACCACAAAAACAGUCAUCCCUUCAGCCAUCUCUCUGUCCACACUCGACGAAAACCUCGGCGCAGAAGUCCGGAGAUACUCUGAUCAGGCAGAGGAAGAAGACCGCAAGCGAAGCAUCAGCCCAGAGUCAAGGUUCCAGGAAGUCCAGGCACGGCCACCCAUGGUCUACUACUCCGCUGCUGGCAGUGGUGUAGCCGAAGUCAAGGUCAUCCUCAGUGGUUUCGUUCUCCACGGUUAUCUGGGUGUACGCACACUGCUCGUCAAGACGCUAGCUCUGAUCCUCAGUGUUGCAUCGGGCCUCAGUCUCGGUAAGGAGGGCCCAUACGUGCACAUUGCGACUUGCAUAGGAAACAUUGCGUGUCGUAUAUUCUCAAAGUAUAGCAACAACGACGGCAAACGCAGGGAGAUUCUCAGCGCUAGUGCUGCUAGUGGUGUUGCCGUAGCUUUCGGCGCUCCGAUUGGCGGAGUGCUCUUCAGUCUGGAGGAAGUGAGCUACUACUUUCCGUCCAAGACGCUCUUCAGAACCUUCUUUUGCUGCAUCGCGGCUGCAUUAUCUCUUAAAUUCCUGGAUCCAUACGGCACCAAGAAGAUCGUGCUUUUCGAGGUUCGUUAUCAUCUAGACUGGAAGUUUUUUGAACUUGCGACCUUUGUCUUCACCGGCGCUGUGGGCGGUGUUCUCGGCGCAUUGUUCAUCAAAGCAUCUCGCAUCUGGGCACGAACAUUCCGUCGCAUACCCGUUAUCAAGAAGCAUCCGCUCCUUGAGGUCUUCCUGGUUGCGCUCGUGACUGGUUUGAUCAGUUUCUGGAACCGAUACACCAAACUGCCCGUCACCGAACUCUUGUUCGAACUGGCAAGUCCGUGCGACACGUACACUGACACCGGCGACGGUCUCUGUCCGACUCUGGAGCAUAUUCCGAGCGUACUCAAAACCUUGUUCUUCGCAUUUGUCAUCAAAGCUCUUCUGACUGUCGUCACCUUUGGUAUCAAGGUCCCAGCCGGUAUCUAUGUACCUUCCAUGGUCGUAGGCGGUCUCGCCGGGCGCUUCAUCGGCCACACUGUCCAACUCGCUGCUCUACGCUUCAAUCAUCUGGGCGUCUUCGGAGAGUGCUCACCUGACGGUCCGCCAGGUUCAUGCGUCGUUCCCGGAGUGUACGCGCUAGUGGCUGCUGGAGCAACGAUGACCGGCGUCACUCGUCUCAGUAUCACACUGGCAGUCAUCUUAUUCGAGCUCACGGGUAGUCUGGAUCACGUACUCCCUUUUUCUCUCGGCAUCCUGGUCGCGAAAUGGGUGGCGGAUGCUAUUGAACCGCUCAGUAUCUACGACUUGCUCACAGACAUGAACUCGUACCCAUUCCUCGAUAACAAAGUUCGACCCAUCUUCACAUCCGAGCUUGGCGACAUCACUACUGGGAAGAGACAGGAUCAUAUCAUCGACAUUUCAGAAGACGCGCUCAUUCCUGCAGUCGAGCUGCGUGCAAAGCAACGUGGACUACAAAUGAUAGGUGAACUGGACGGCGGCCUGUCCAUCAUAAAAAACGGCGUUCUUGUUGGCCUCAUUCCUGCACCAGAUCUAGAGUUUGCGCUCGAUAAGCUGGAGAACGAAGAGAACACGCUUUGCCUCAUGUCACCGCGAGUUGAUUGGGCUGCAGGGCGUGAGCCCCAAGACGAAGAAGAGCAAGAAGCCUAUGAUCCAAGUGAUUUCACUCCAUAUAUUGACCCAGCACCUGUUGCAUUGGAUGUUCACUCACCGAUGGACUUGGUAUACGAAUGCUUUGUAAAGCUCGGACUACGAUAUAUAUGCGUGCUCAGGGAUGGCAAGUACGCUGGUCUGGUUCAUAAGAAGACUUUCGUCAAGUACGUCAAAGAAUUGGAGCAUCAGGAAAAGAAAGGACGUGAGAUCUAG